GGGACGUCAGCAAGCGUUGACGGAAGCUGGAGGUCGGCGGGUCACGUGUGUGAGAAGCGUCCAGAACAUGUCUUCAGGUGUGAAGAUGAUCGGUGCCGCCCGGCAGCUGCACUCCAACCCCGGCCUGCUGCUGCGGUUCUACCGGGCCGUCCUCCCGGGGCAGGAGGCCGGCUCCGCGGCCCGGCUCCGGCCGGCGCUGCGCUGCUCCCGGCCCGGGGCUCCAGCCGUGCCGCCGGGCUGCAGGCUGAACUCCGGCACCCAGCGCUGGCUCCGGGCCGCGGCCGCUCCUCUGGCCGGCCCCGGCCUCCCUCCGGGGGGCUCCGGGGCCCUCGCCCUCUCCAGCAGGGCGUACGGGAACCGCGCCUCCGGGGCGGGCUUCUCCGGGGAGGACGGCGGGGAAGCCGCGGGCUCCGGGGGAGAGGAGUCCGGGGGGGACGGCGGGGACGGGGGGGCAGCCUACAGCGGCCCGCAGAUGACGGCGCUCACACCCAUGAUGGUCCCGGAGGUUUUCCCCAACGUCCCGCUGGUGGCCGUCAGCAGGAACCCGGUGUUCCCGCGGUUCAUCAAGAUCAUCGAGGUGAAGAACAAGGAGCUGAUGGAGCUGCUGAGGAGGAAGGUCCGCCUGGCUCAGCCGUACGCUGGCGUCUUCAUGAAGAAGGACGACGCCAACGAGUCUGACGUGGUGGAGUCUCUGGACGCCGUCUACUCCACGGGGACCUUCGUCCAGAUCCAUGAGAUGCAGGAUCUGGGAGACAAGCUGAGGAUGAUCGUCAUGGGCCACCGCAGGGUCCGGAUCACCAAGCAGCUGGAGGUGGAGGCCGAGGAGGCCACGGAGUGGUCCGAGUCGGAGCCGGAGUCCCAGACCAAAGCCCCACCCAGGCGGAAGUCCAAACGAGGCCGCAAGGACCCGUCGGGUUCCCUGCCGGAGCAGCUGCAGGACAAGAUUUCCGAGGCAGACCUGAGUCCAGAGCUCCAGCCGCUGCCCUCCUCCAACAUCCUGAUGGUUGAAGUGGACAACAUCCAGCACGAGCAGUUCACCGUAACCGAGGAGGUCAAGGCUCUAACGGCAGAGAUCGUGAAGACCAUCAGAGACAUCAUCGCUCUCAACCCCCUCUACAGGGAGUCGGUGCUGCAGAUGAUGCAGGCGGGCCAGCGAGUGGUGGAUAAUCCCAUCUACCUGAGCGACAUGGGAGCAGCUCUGACCGGGGCGGAGUCACACGAGCUGCAGGACGUGCUGGAGGAGAUCAAUAUCCCGAAGCGUCUCUACAAGGCUCUGUCUCUGCUGAAGAAGGAGUACGAGCUGAGCAAGCUGCAGCAGCGCCUGGGCCGCGAGGUGGAGGAGAAGAUCAAACAGACCCACAGGAAGUACCUGCUGCAGGAGCAGCUCAAGAUCAUCAAGAAGGAGCUGGGUCUGGAAAAAGAUGACAAGGAAGCGAUAGAGGACAAGUUCAGAGAGAGACUCAAAGACAGGACGGUGCCUCAGCCCAUCAUGGACGUCAUCAACGAGGAGCUGAACAAGCUGGGUCUGCUGGACAACCACUCGUCAGAGUUCAAUGUGACCAGGAACUACCUGGACUGGCUGACCAGCAUGCCCUGGGGCACCAACAGCGAGGAGAACUUAUCCCUGCAGAGAGCCAGGGAGGUUCUGGAGGAGGACCAUUAUGGUAUGGAGGAUGUAAAGAAACGCAUUCUGGAGUUCAUCGCCGUCAGCCAGCUCCGAGGCUCCACCCAGGGCAAGAUCCUGUGCUUCUACGGGCCCCCGGGGGUCGGGAAGACCUCCAUCGCCCGCUCCAUCGCCAGAGCGCUCAACCGGGAGUACUUCAGGUUCAGCGUUGGAGGCAUGACCGACGUGGCUGAGAUCAAAGGGCACAGGAGGACCUAUGUUGGAGCCAUGCCCGGGAAGAUCAUCCAGUGUCUGAAGAAGACCAAGACGGAGAACCCCCUGGUGCUCAUAGACGAGGUGGAUAAGAUCGGCCGUGGCUACCAGGGCGAUCCGUCCUCUGCUCUGCUGGAGCUCCUGGACCCCGAGCAGAACGCCAACUUCCUGGACCACUACCUGGAUGUUCCCGUGGACCUGUCCAAGGUUCUGUUCAUCUGCACGGCCAACGUGACCGACACCAUCCCAGAGCCGCUGCGAGACAGGAUGGAGAUGAUCAACGUGUCUGGAUACGUGGCCCAGGAGAAGCUGGCCAUCGCCGAGCGCUACCUGGUCCCGCAGCUCCGCUCGCUCUGCGGUCUCACCGAGGAGAAGAGCUCCAUCUCCAGCGACGCCCUCAGCCUGUUGAUCCGACAGUACUGCAGGGAGUCCGGAGUCCGGAACCUGCAGAAACAAGUGGAAAAGGUGUUCAGGAAAGUGGCGUUCUCUAUCGUGAGCGGAGAACAGACGGCGGUAUCCGUGACAACAGACAACCUGCAGGACUAUGUGGGAAAACCGCUCUUCACGGUGGAUCGGAUGUACGACGUCACCCCACCGGGCGUGGUCAUGGGUCUGGCGUGGACGGCUAUGGGAGGCUCGACGCUGUUCAUGGAGACGUCGCUCCGCCGGCCUGUCGGAGCCAAGGAAGCGAAAGGGGAGGGUUCGCUCGAGGUCACAGGUCAGCUCGGUGACGUCAUGAAGGAGAGUGCCAAGAUCGCGUACACCUUCGCCAGAGCCUUCCUCAUGAGUCAGCAGCCGGAGAACAGCUUCCUGGUCAACUCCCACCUCCACCUGCACGUCCCCGAGGGGGCCACUCCCAAGGACGGACCCAGCGCCGGCUGCACCAUCGUCACUGCCCUGUUGUCCCUGGCAACCGACCGCCCCGCACGCCAAAACUUGGCCAUGACCGGCGAGGUGUCGCUGACGGGCAAGAUCCUGCCGGUGGGGGGGAUCAAGGAGAAGACCAUCGCGGCCCGGCGCGCUGGUGUCACCUGCAUCAUCCUUCCGGCGGAGAACAGGAAGGACUUCUCCGACCUGCCGGACUACAUCUCCGAGGGCCUGGAGGUUCACUUCGUGGACCACUACAAUCAGAUCUACCCCAUUGUGUUCCCGCAGAACUAGUCCGGACCCGCAGGACCCAGUCGGGUGGAGAGCAUUUCAGUUUGUUUACAGAGCUGGUCCGUCUGGUUGAACGUAGGAACAGCUCUGCAGGAGAACUGGCGGGUCCAGAUAAACAUUCCCUCAUGGGUUUCAGCCCCAGCGGGCCGGAUGGAGGAGCUGCAGGUGGUGUGCAGGACCGGCUGACGAUGAGCACCAACCGUGAGGAGGUGGAGAUGAUGUCAGGACGAGUCAGGACUCUGCUGGCCGGCAGCUGCACGGUUCUGACGGACCUGUUUUUAUACGAGACGCUGAUGUGACGAUGACGUCAGGAGUCUCACACGACUCCGUCUGUCCUCGUCCAAACUGGACGGUUUUAAUUCCCUCAACCAAAGUUCUCCAGGAGAUACCGACUUACUUUCAGUCCUGUUUGUUUUCUUCAAGUUUGAAUGUGCAGAAAUGUGCCUCUUUAUAAUAAAGUUAAUUAUGUGUGAAUAGGGCUGGGGAUCGAUUCAAAUGUCAAGAAUCAAUUCAAUUCUGAUUCAGAAUUGAUCAUCACGCUUUGAUUCGAUUCCGAUAUUGAUUUGUGUUAGUGUUAUUAAAAAUGUUUUUUCA